UUUUGUGAUUAGGUCAUGUGUUGCGAAUAAGCGCAUAAGCAUACCUAAGAUGUUUUUCAAUUUACAUAAUAAUAUUUUAUACUUAUUAAUUCUCGUUCAUACAGAAGCAACAUUUACAGAGUCUGAACGACCAUAUCGGGUACUGAAAGUGAAUCAGAUAUGGGAAAAAGCGCAAAAGCUUUAUUCAGGACCAAAGUUAGCUGAUUUAUAUGCAGAAUUAAAAAUUCAGGACAAAACAGAACUAGAACUGAAAAAGUUAAAAGCAGAGGAUAUGGAUAAAGACGGAAUGAAAGAGGCUGAAGUGAGAAGGAGAUUAAUGGAUAUUUUGGAGAGGUAUAAUAUGAAAAAGAUGAUUUCUGUGCCUCAGCCCGAAGAUAUGAGCAAUGAACUACCUGAGACAUUUGACCAUCAGCUGAGAGAUAAAAAGCUGCAGAAACUGUGGAAAAAGGCACAGUUUGGUGGAUUUUCAGAGUGGGAAUUAGAUAAACUGAAAGAGGAAUUUCUGCACCAUCAAAUGAAGGUGGAUGAAUAUAACUCUCUACAUGAAGAUAUUAAAGAUGAUUAUAUAGAUAACUCAAUUGAUUUGGAUCAGAACAAAGUACGGUACAUGGAUGAGAAAAAGAAACAAAAAAAGCUGAAGUUGAUAUAUAAAGAUCUGAAAACAGACUAUGACAAACUGGAGGCCAUUGCUUCAUCUUCCAGUGUGAAGGACAAAACAUUCCAAGAUCCACGAGUCUAUGAACUCUGGGCCCUCGCACAAAAAGCCAAAAUACCAAGAGAGGAAUUGGAAUCUUUUAAGAAAGAACUGCAGCACUUUGAGCAUAGACUACAGAAGCAUGACCAUUACCAAGACCAGUUGAGGGUGUCGGAGGAGGCGGUCAGGAUCAACUACAAAGAUGGAGAGAAGCCGGAGAAACACACUCAACUGGAACAAACGGUGCGAGACUACGGCAGGAAGGUGGAGAAAUAUCACAAUGACUUGAAGUACAGGAUCAGCAAAGCCGUCCAACAGCACACAGAGCUGUGAUAAUUGUAACCGGGCAGUAGCUGACAUCACUGGAGAACAGAACAGGAAAAGUUCAUGAGAGUCAAGAGACGCAUGUGGUUGAAAUUAAGUGGUUACAGAAAAAGAAAGCAGCAAACUUAAACAAAACAAUGCCAUAAUACUCUUCAAAAUGUGCCUUGUGUAGCAUAAUACUAAGUAAAACUAGAAACAUAAUGAAAUGAAAGAUCAUGGGUGCAAUAGAUGUCUAUUUUGGGGGUAAAUAUUAAGUCAGACACAAUUUGAAAGUUCCUCCUUUGAAAUGAUUUCAUGUUUAGGGAUAUACAUCAAGUUUGAGAAAUAAUCAAACCAUAGCAAAGAUGGGAUCAUGUGUUGAUUGCAUUCGAUUGUUAGUGUGCAUAUCCAAACAUCAACAAAAUGAUGGAUUCUUAAACCUGUAAAGGGCUUCAUAGGUUGUGAGUUUUUGUCACUCUCAUUCCUUUUUUUUUAAUUGACAAAAAAGUAAUUAUGAGGGAAAUUAAAAAACUAUUUCCUUGACUAAUAAACAGUAUUUAUAUAAAACAAACUUAUGUGUUUGCAUGUGCAAUCCAAUUUUGUGAAAUAUUGUAUUUUUAAUACAUUUAUAUCUUGUAAAUGUAAAUAAAUUUACCUAUAUCAGUGAACUAAAUAUAAGUAAGCCACAAUC